AUGGGGAAAAGUUUUAAAAAGGACGCGCUCCCUGCAAUAAACGCCAUUUUACCACCCACCACAUUGGUGUGCACCGAGGUAGAUGGACAGACCGUUGAGUCCCUAACAAAAACGAACACCUGUAUGAAGCCUUUUGCAGGCGGAAGGCUUCAGAUAUGCACUGCAGAUGUAUCUACAAGAAGUCAUGCCUACCAAGAGAAGAUAGGUGAUUGUUCCCCUAUAUUCAGCACUUGUGAGGCCGCACCUCGAGUACUGUGUCCAGUUUUGGGUCCUCACUGCAAGAAAGAUAUUGAGGCCCUGGAACGUGUUCAAAGGAGGGCAACGAAGCUGGUGAGGGGUCUGGAACACAGGCCAUAUGAGGAGAGGCUGAAGGAGCUGGGAAUGUUCAGCCUGGAGAAGAGGAGGCUCAGGGGAGACCUUACUGCUCUCUAUAACUUCCUGAAGGGAGGUUGUAGUGAGCUGGGGGUCGGCCUCUUCUCUCGUGUCAUUAGUGAUAGGACCAGGGGGAAUGGUUUCAAGCUACGGCAGGGGAGAUUCAGGCUGGACAUGAGGAAGUAUUACUUUUCAGAAAGGGUGGUCAGGCACUGGAAUGUGCCCAGGGAGGUGGUGGAAUCACCGACCCUGGGAGUGUUCAAGGAAAGGCUGGAUGUCGUGUUGAGGGACAUGGUUUAG